AUGCUAUCAACAAAAACUUUCCGCGCCCCAGAUUUGCCAAUCAAAUCAGUACUAUGCUUUCGUCAUCGUGCUGAAGUGCACCGUGAAUUCGACGUGACUUUGGAGUUGGGAACAAACAAAAUUAUUGUUGAAGUGAGUCAUUUUUAUUAUUUUUAUCAUUUUGAAAGAGUUUUUUAUACUUUUUCUGUUUGCUUUGCACCACAAAAGGCUUAUCAAUGUUUGCAAAAACAGCUUUGUUGUCGAAACUAGAUGAAUAACAAAGAAAAAUAAGGAAAAAAAUAGUUUGAGAUUUGGCUUUUUUUUACAAAAAAAUUUUAAAUGUUUUACAAGGAAAGUACCCUACCUGACCCGCUCAGAAUCGGCUCAAAAUUUUUAUAUGAAUUCUCUGUACCACCAAUAGUAUCCAUAAAAAAUUUUAGCUCGCGCUUUUGAGUUUUAAAUUUAAAUUAUUUUGGUUUCCCGCCAAUUUGGCAAAUUUGGCAUUGCGUUUAAAGCACUUUUUUCGGCUUUCCAGACAAGAUACGCUUACAAAUUUAAAAAUGUAAAUUCAUUUAAAGGUUUGGUACUCGUUAAUCAAAGGAAAAUAAUUAAAAGUCAAAAAUGACAAAGUUACAAGCUUGAAACACAAUGCCAGGUUGGCGGGAAAUUCAAACUGUCAUUUUUCAAUCUCGUUUUUCUCGAAAUUUCCUGGAAAGCGGGAUUUAGUACUUUGCUGAAGAUCUUAUAUUUACAUGGUCAUUGUUUAUAAAAAGUUUAAAGUCAAUCAGAGCGGGGCAGGUCGGGCACUUUCCUUUUUAGUCUUAGCCCAGAGUUUUAGCAAAAGGCCCUAGCCGUAGUUAAAGUUCUCUUUAGAACCCUAGCCCCUAGUCAGAAUUCUAAUCAGAGCUUUAGCUUUAAUCAAAACUCUAGUCCGAGCUCUAGUUCUAGUCAAAACACUAGUCUGAGUCCUAGCCAGAAAUCUAAUUAGAGCUCUAGUCAGAAUGUUAGUCUAUGUCUUGGCCCUAGCUAGUGCGCUAGUCAGAACUCUAAUUCAAAUCAAAGUAGAACUUUAGUCAGAACUCUAGUCUUAGCUAGAACAUUAGUCCGAGCAUCAGCUUUAGCCAGAACUCUAGUCAGAGACUCUAGGCCUAGUCAAAACUUUAGUUUGUGCACUAAGACCAGAGCCUUAACCCUGAGCCCUAGCCUAUAGCCCUAGCCCAGAACUUAAGUUCAGAGCCAUAGUCCGGUGCCGAGAGCGUUAGUACACUCUUUAGCCCCAAGCUGAAAACCUCAGUCCCUAGUCCAGAGUCCUAGUUCAGAGCUUUGAUUCAGGCCUUUACCCAACGCUCAAACUCUUUGAGCCCUAAUUCAAAGCCCUAGUCCAGAGCUCAAAGCCCGAAGCUUUAGCAUAGCACUUAUAUUAGCUCAUGCUGUAAGCUUUAACGCGCCCUAACCUUCUUUUUUCAGUAUUAGCUUAGCUAGACAAGUAUAACAUUAUUCUUUUCAGCGUCUUCCACCAUCAAUAAUCUCAGCUUCAAUCCGUGUCGACGCCGUCUCAGUGCACGCUGAUGCCAUUCUUCGUGAUGUUCAGUACAAGGAAACUUAUUCGCCAGAAGAAGAGAACUUUUCCGAUGAGCUGAAGCUGCUUAUCAAGGAGCUGGACAAUCUUUUGGAAGAGCAGGAGAAGCUGAAAGACCGUGAGAAUCUGCUCAACAUCAGAGGUCAGGCCUUGGAUAAGAUGUUGGAGAACCUGGUGACUCCGAAGGAUAAGGAAAGAAUGCCAGUGUUUGAUGAAAAGCUGGGCGAGAGCUUUAACAAGGCCUUGGAGUACUAUGAACUGAAGCAAACUACAACCAAAAUGGCACUACGAACUCUGAUGGCUGAGAAGAAGGUGUUGACCAAGGACAUUAAGGACCUACAACAACGUGUCACCGAGCUCAAGGACAUUGACAACUUCAAACGUACCGUGCACAUUGCUUUUGAUGCUACUACAACUACACCGAUUACCGUGAAACUCACUUACAAUGUGACUAAUGCCAACUGGGAGACUUCGUAUGAUGUUAGAGUAGAUAGUACCACUAAGAAGUUGUCUUUGCACUACUUAGCUAGUAUCACUCAGACCACUGGUGAAGACUGGAAGGAUAUAGCACUAUCGUUGAGCACUUCUGAACCUCAAGAUGCUGGCAAGCUACCAUCUCUCAAUCCAAUUAUCGCUAAGCUAGAGCAAAAACUGCCAGAGGGCGCGUUUGGUACUAGAACGCAUUCUGAAAUAGUACCAGUUUGCUUCGCCGCCGAAAGUGCACCAGUCCCAAGAAUGAAAAUGGCACUACGACAUCAUAGUGUCACGGUGAAGAGCAACCUUGUAGCCACGAACUAUGUUAUACCAUUGGUUCGUACCAUCCCUAGUAAGCCCGAUGACACUCGAGUUACUAUCGCAGUAAAAUCUUUUGACUAUGACCUAGAACGACAAGUGGUACCAUCCAAGAACACUACAGUAUUCCUGGUGGCUAGUAUUGUCAACAACACUGAGCUACACUUUAUUGAAGGGCCUGUUAAGGUCUAUGUUGACAACUGUUAUGCUAAUGAGCUGUACACUGACAGUAUAGCACCAAACGAGCGGUUCCAUAUUGAGUUAGGCAAGGACCCUAAUGUCAAGGUGCAUUAUAAGCCUAAGGACACAUUCCAACAACAGAGUGGUGUUAUUACCAAAAGUAAUGUCACUGCUAAUGAACAGAAGAUUAUUGUCAGUAAUAACUGUGUGCUGAAGACGCUGGUUACUGUAUUUGAACAGGUUCCGAAGAGUAACGAUGAGAAAAUUAAGGUAGCCUUUGAUAUUUUUAAAUCUACCCUACCCUACUCUAUCUUACUCUACCCUACCCUACCCUACCCUACCCUACCCUACCCUACCCUACCCUACCCUACCCUACCCUACCCUACCCUACCCUACCCUACCCUAACCUACCCUACCCUACCUUACCCUACUCUACCCUACCCUACCCUACCCUACCCCACCCUACCCUACCCUAAAAUACAACUUUCAGAUCAAACUAGCCUCACCAGAUGCCCGACGCCUAGAAAGAGCUCACGAACACAAGAAACGCGAAGUUGGUGUCUGGAUAACUGAUAAGAAUCUCCUCGAAUGGACAGUCGAAUUACCACCAAAAACCGAGACUGAACUGGUAUUGAAGUAUAAUGUGGAGUACCCACAGAAUGAGAAUGUUGUCUAUGAAGAGCAAUACUAA